UUCCUUCUGGUUUCUAGGAAUUCAACAAGGACCAUUCAUCUCUGACAUAGCCGGAAGACGAAGGCUCCUAUUGACAAGCAGAGACUAUGAGAGAAACUAUCAAGAAAAGUGGGCGGCACAAGUAGCGAUGUGGGUUCUCAAGAGAACCCUGGAAGACGCUCAACAUAAGAAAACCCAGGCACUGCCACUGUUCAUUCACAGACUGGGGUCAGACGUGGGGUGUUAUUGACCCAAGUGUUUGUAUGUACCAUGAGCUUUACAAAGGACAACCUUUCCCCAGGAACUUGCCAGGUAGUCUAAGAAUAAGGCAUAAAUACACUUGAAAGGAGUUAGCGGUUUAAGGGGGGCACUCACUGUAUGACACUGUGAUGUGAGCAGUAGGAUCACCUGUGAAAUGCAGGAGUAGGGUCAUUUUGGUCACAUGAUCUUCCAGGCCUCUGUUGUCAGACCCAUCAUUCUGUGACUCUGCCAACAAGUCUGAUGAGGUCCGGCACUUCGCUCGAGGGGCCUGAAGGACUCUUGGCAUCUCCGGAGACAAGGGCACGACACGCACUUCAAAGUGAAGAGUUAGUUGUGGGAGCAUGCUGGACCUGCCGAGGCAGAGGCUCCCUUUGGCGUGGGCUUUGCUCCUCCUGCCGUUCCUGCGGCUGCUGAUGCCCGCAGCCCCCGCACCCCACCGCGGUCCCUACAAGCCCGUGAUCGUGGUGCACGGGCUCUUUGACAGUUCCUACAACUUCCGCCACCUGCUGGACUACAUCAAGGAGACGCACCCCGGGACUGUGGUGACAGUGCUUGAUCUCUUCGACGGCAGUGAGAGCUUGCGGCCCCUGUGGGAGCAGGUGCAGGGGUUCCGGGAGGCCGUGGUCCCCAUCAUGAAAAAGGCCCCCGAAGGGGUGCACCUCAUCUGCUACUCCCAGGGGGGCCUGGUGUGCCGCGCUUUGCUGUCCGUCACCGAUGAGCACAACGUGGACUCUUUCAUCUCCCUCUCCUCCCCGCAGAUGGGACAGUAUGGAGACACAGACUACUUGAAGUGGCUCUUCCCUACGUCCAUGCGGUCUAACCUCUAUCGGAUCUGCUACAGCCCUUGGGGCCAAGAGUUCUCCAUCUGCAACUACUGGCACGAUCCUCACCACGACGACUUGUACCUCAACACCAGCAGCUUCCUGGCCCUCAUCAACGGGGAGAGAGACCAUCCCAACGCCACAGCAUGGCGGAAGAACUUUCUCCGAGUGGGCCGCCUGGUGCUGAUUGGAGGCCCUGAUGAUGGAGUCAUCACUCCCUGGCAAUCUAGCUUUUUUGGUUUCUAUGAUGCCAACGAGACGGUCUUGGAGAUGGAGGAGCAGUCAGUUUAUCGGCGAGACUCCUUUGGGUUGAAGACUCUCUUGGCCCGGGGGGCCAUAGUGCCGUGUCCAAUGGCUGGGAUCUCUCACACCACCUGGCACUCCAACCGCAAGCUCUAUGAUACUUGCAUCGAGCCGUGGCUCUCCUGAAGACGUCCUCGGGGAUCCCCCCCCCCAGCCCAGAGACCAAGUGGUGGCCUUGGGAAGCAGAUGCCAGGCUCUGCCAAGUCUGUGCCCACCUCAUCGCUCCCACACUGCCCCACCCCACCAGGGCUCCCCGAGUCCUCCUCCUCCUCCACUCCUCCGCAAAUGACGGGCCCUGGUCCCCUACCUCACGUCCUCAUCUGGGGGUGUCUCCAUGCUCUCCCUUUCUCCCACGGCUGAGGUUGGUUGGGAAGCGAGCACCGGGUUUUUUUUUUUUUUAAACUGGCUUCCCCACUGCUGCUGCUCCUCCGGGUCUGGCUUGUACCGGAGGAGAACCCAGCCCCUGCCCACCCCAGGGGUCUCUUUCCGGGCCACUCAGGACAUUUUUAGCUUCUGUUGUCCCCCGUGCUCCGUUUUUCUCAACCUCCUGUCCCAACCAAGAGGAACACCCGUAGGAGGGGUUCUGAGGUUCCCCUAUGGGGACAGUUCCACUUUUGAAGUGUCAGUGUUGAGGAAUAUCUGUGGCCUGCAAGGCCCAUCUCAGAUUUGGGGAUCCCCCAGUCCCUAUGAUCAGUAUUGGGGUGUCCCCUGGGAGCCUAGGUCCUUUGAGGCCCCAGCCCUUCUUUUCAGGACCCUUGAUUGGAUGUUCCCUGUAUUUAUAGAAAUAAAGUUCCAUUUCCUCAA